AUGGCGCUCGUCUCCGGCACGUCCCGCCCCCUCCUGAGUCGCCCCGCCGGCACCGCGCGGCCCCACCUCGCCGUAUCCUCAUCCUCCCCCGCCUCCUCGAUCCGCUUCUGCCGCGGCGCCGGCGGCGGGAGAAUUAAUGGGACUUUUGUCUUAAAUCCCACAGUGGAUGAGCUAGGUUUGAGUGAUCUCAAUCUUGUUUAUGAAUGUUCACGGGAUAAAACUUUAAUGAUAGAUGUACAAGCUUGUGAAAUAACUGAGAGGGAUCUUCAGGCAGGAAUGAAGCUUGCACACUCUGAGGCAAUUAAAUGUAUCGACCCUCAAAUAAGGUUGGCUAAGCGAGCUGGCAAAGAGAAGAAAGAAUACAAGAUAUCACUGAUUUCAGAUACAUCCUAUGAGAAAAUUAGAACAUUCUCAGAAGCACCCAUUGAGGAAGUCUUCACUGAUUCAUCAUAUGGCAAGGUUAUACGUAAAAAGAAUAAUUGA